AGAGAGGCUGAUGGGAUAGCAGGCGUGGUCGUGGGCGAGGACGACUGGUCGGCCGACCCGCGGAGGAAGAGGCCGACGAAGGGCGGCAGCCGCCUCUUCAUCGGCGCCGCCAUCGACGGGAAGUCGGAGUACUUCCCCACGCUGUCCAGCAGGAAGCUGGUGGCGGACGAGGAGAGCGUCAACAUGUUCUCGCUGGUCUACCAGGACGAGUUCGUGUCCUCGCAGAUCAAGAUCCCGUCCGACACGCUGUCCCUCUACCCCGCCUUCGACAUCUACUACGUCUACGGCUUCUCCAGCCGCAACUACGUCUACUUCCUGACGCUGCAGCUGGACACGCAGCUCACGCAGAUGGACGCCGGCGGCGAGAAGUUCUUCACGUCCAAGAUCGUGCGGAUGUGCUCCAACGACACGGAGUUCUACUCGUACGUGGAGUUCCCGCUGGGCUGCACCAAGGACGGCGUGGAGUACCGCCUGGUGCAGGCCGCCUUCAGGCAGCACCCGGGGCGCAGACUGGCCCACGCACUCGGCCUGGCGGAGGACGACGACGUCCUGUUCGUCGUCUUCUCACAG